GUCUCUUGCAUUGGCAGGUGGAUUCUUUACCACUGAGCCAGGAGGACUCUUCUGAUUCAACUGGAUUCACGGAGAAUCCAGGAAAAUCUCCCCAUUUUAGGACCUUGACUUAGUCCCUGCAAAGCCCCUUGGCCAUGUUCCCUAACAUACACACGCGCUCUGAGGAUGCAGAUUGGACAUCUUUGGGAGUGGGGAGAGGUGGGGAGGGGCACACUAUUCAACAAAGUGACAUUAGUGUCCUUACGGUGGUGGUUCAAGUGUCCAGGCUGAACGUGGGGGCAGAGAGUUCGGAUCUCAAGCCCACUCCCUGCCCUGACCCUCAGGGAGGCCCGGGUUAGUGAAUCUACCACCCCGUGGAGGUCGGGCAGGCUCCUGGCUUUGCUGCAUCCCCUGGCAGGCAGGCAGGGCCAUACAACCCUCCAAUUCCUAGGCUAGAGAGCGUUUAAGGAUUUGCCCUGGAGGGGUGGGGCGGGGCUAGAGGCCCAGUAGGGACACCACCCCGCCCCCCGGCCAUCCACAAACCCCCCACGGCGACUCUGCUACUUCCAAAACCCGAGAGAGCCGAAGUUGCUGCCCUUGGCUAGGAGUGGGCGGGUGCAGAGUACAGACAAGCCUCCCUGCGCUCUCCCUGCCCCUCCCUGCUCCCGGAGACACACGCGCCCGAGCUCUCCGCCCGCGGUCUCUUCCCUAACCGUCGCCGCCUAGAUGCAGCCCUCCGACCUGGAGCUGAUGAACGGCCAGGUGCUCCCCGCCUUUCUGCUCUGCAGCGCGCUGCUGGUCAUCAAGAUGUACGUGGUGGCCAUCAUCACCGGCCAAGUGAGGCUGCGGAAGAAGGCUUUUGCCAACCCCGAGGAUGCUCAGAGACAUGGAGGCCUUCAGUAUUGCCGGAACGACCCAGAUGUGGAACGCUGCCUCAGAGCCCACCGGAACGACAUGGAGACCAUCUACCCCUUCCUGUUCCUGGGCUUUGUCUACUGCUUCCUCGGGCCAAACCCCUUCGUCGCCCGGAUGCACUUCCUGGUCUUCUUCCUGGGCCGCAUGGUACACACCGUGGCCUACCUGGGGAAACUGCGGGCGCCCACCCGCUCCCUGGCCUACACUCUGGCCCAGCUCCCCUGUGCCUCCAUGGCCCUGCAGAUUGUCUGGGAGGCAGCCCGCCACCUGUGACCAGCCACGGACGCCACCUGGGCCGCCAGACCCCUGGCCACGAGCCACCGGGGCUGAACCUGGGGGACCGAUGGCCCCUUUGAGAUUGUGACAGGCCCCGGGGCCUGGUUUCCUGGCGACUGACUGAGCACAUGAUCUUGGGCCCAGGGGGCCUGUGUGUGUUUGCCAGUGUGUCCCCUGGAUUCCUGGGUGAAGUGGCCGAUUUUGGAACCGUUUAGAGAUGGAUCGUCAUGAUUGAUAGAAAAUUCUUCCACCGUAAAAACCUCCCUCCCUCUUCCUCCCCAAUGCUGGGAAAAGUGAACAGAGACUCGGUUCAGGUUUUGGAACCUAAUGACCUUCUGAAUCCAGGGAUGUAAUAAAUGAGGACUUCUCACCUCCA